AUGGGUAAGGCAUCAAUCGCCGCAGCCACGCCGGAGACGGCGAGGAAGAAGAAGGGACGGCCUUCCAAGAAACGCCCACAGCUCUCAACCCCUCCCAAAACCCCUGCUCCCAACCCCACGAGCCGCCGAUCCACUCGUCGGAACCCUAAUCAUCUCGAUUCGCCGCCGCAUCAGCCCGAAUUCGACGACGAAGACGAGCGCAAGGAGAAGAAGGUCAAGCUCGUCGUCCGGCUGCCUCCGUCGGAUGAGAGUGUGAAGAGAGGGCAGCUGCAGGAAAGUCAGCAUUCUCGGGAAUUGGAUUCGGGUUCCGGCGGAUCGGGUUCGGGUUCCGAAUCGGACCGGGAUGUGGAUGAUCGAGAGGGGCACGCGAAGAAACGCAAGAUUGACGGCGUCGAUGAUGGAUCUGACGGCGGGGUUUCGGAUCAGUCAGCAAUGGCGUCUGGUCCUGCAACUUCUUUGCCAGAUAAAAAGUUGUUGAUAUUCGUUCUUGACAGGCUCCAAAAAAAGGAUACGUAUGGUGUUUACUCGGAGCCUGUGGAUCCCAAUGAGCUACCUGAUUAUUUUGAUAUAAUAGAGCAACCUAUGGAUUUUGGGACAGUAAGGAAGAAACUUGACAGUGGAGCUUACAAAAACUUGGAAGAGUUGGAGGCUGAUGUGCUUUUGAUAUGUUCAAAUGCCAUGCAGUAUAAUUCUUCAGACACUGUCUACUAUCGCCAGGCACGAACUAUACAAGAACUUGCGAAGAGAGACUUCAAUAAUCUUAGGCAUGAAGGUGAGCCAAAGGUGGUGAGGAGAGGGAGGCCACCGAACAGCAAAAAUCAUAAAAAGGCUGUUGAAAAUACCACCGUGGAUCGUGUUGGCGCUGAUCUCUCUACUGGGGCAACUCUUGCUAAAGAAGAAGAUAAAGCAACUGGGUCCAAUUCUUACAAUCUGAGGAAGGGACCCGCAUUAUUUAGAUUUAGGUCUGGUAAUUCAUUUAUGUCAUCUUAUGGUUCAAGAAAUGGUGAAAACCACUCUGAAUGGUCAAUUGACUGGAAUAAUGAAUUUCCAGCGUCAAUUUUAAGAGCUGACAUGAAAUAUGGGAAAAAACAGUUUACGGUUGAUGAAAACAGGCGCGACACCUACAGGCAAUCCCAUUUGCUGUCUUCAGGCCACAAUUCACUAGUUUUAUUGAAUUCCAGUGGAAAUGUAAAGCGGUUAGUGCCGGUAGGUCUCCAGGAAGCCCUUGCUUAUGCACGAAGCCUGGCCAGGUAUGCAGCAAAUCUUGGCCCUGUUGCCUGGAAAAUGGCAUCAAGGAAGAUAGACGCCGUUCUACCUGCUGGUGUACAGUACGGACCCGGGUGGGUAGGUGAAAAUGAUGCCCCUUCACGAACGUCAUCUUAUUCAAUGGACAAUAACAAAUCACCCACUGGCAUUGCUGCAAAUUCCAUUUCAAGCAAGCCAAACGCCCCCUUGUGGAAACCUCAAGUCCCAUCCCAGCAAAUUUCCAACUCAGAUGGUGUUAGUGGUGAGCCUGCAAAAGUCACAAACUCGGGAAAUCCCAUUCCAGAAAGUUCUGGAAAUGUGAAAUUGGUGAAUAAUGUCGUUAGGGAGCAAGCAAAGUUGGUGGGAAUUAGGAACAAUAGCUUGCCGCCUGGAUAUCAAGUGGACGAACAAGGUAAACAAUUUUCUCAUGAGGCCGUGCAACAAAGACACAACAAUAGCAGUAAUAAUAGUUUUAACAAUAAUGUUUCGGAUGCACCUCCUGAUCUGAAUGUGAGAGUCCCGGUGGGCUCGCCUAGUUCUGGUAGCUUACAAAUUGGUUCGCCUCAACAGCCGGAUUUGGUAUUACAGCUUUAA